AUGAAUUUUGACAAGAAAAGAGAACAAGAGUAUUGCUUGAUGGGUUUGGCUUCAAUUUUGUUGAAGCGGCCUGUUUCAUGGCUCUCUCUCCUCGCUCCUCCGCUUCUUCACAUCUUUGGUCUUCGCUUCUUACAUCUCCUCCUCACUUCUGCUGCUUUGUUCUUCUCCUCUUUCUUGUUCCCAAUCUCACUUCCUCCUUCUUCAAUUCAAUCAUCAAAACAAGAACAAUAUCGAGACUAUGUUGCCACCGAAGAGAGCACCGGAAAAUCGGAUGACAUCCUCGAAACGACCUAUGAAGAGGAUGUAGACUGCGCAAUCCCUGAUGAGGAGAGCCUCAUUGAGCUGUCUUUACCUAGUGGUCACUACGUAGGUCACCACCACAUUAGUAACAAGAACAAUCUCUAUAUCCACAACAAAGUCCAAGAUUUUAGGCUCUUUGAUAUAUUCACAGAGUUCAACGAUUUCAUUGAAGAAGAUAAUCUUAUCGAAAUCGACAUCUCUAUUGGAUCCAUCAAGUAUUCAAGGUUCGAGAUCAAAGCUUGA